AUGGCGUUCGAUGGUGCCUGGAAGACUGACCGGAACGAGAACUAUGACAAGUUCUUGGAAAAAAUGGGUGUCAGUAUGAUAAAAAGGAAGCUUGCAGCUCAUGACAACUUGAAACUGAUAAUUACACAAGAGGGAAAUAAAUUCACAGUCAGAGAAUCGAGCACGUUUCGAGACAUCGAAAUUGUUUUUGAGCUUGGUGUCACUUUUAAUUACAGCCUGGCGGACGGAACUGAACUCAGUGGGACCUGGAGCCUAGAGGGAAACAAACUUGUUGGAAAAUUCAAACGGGUAGACAACGGAAAUGAACUGAACGCUGUCCGAGAAGUUAUAGGUGGUGAAAUGGUCCAGACUUACAUGUAUGAAGGAGUGGAAGCCAAGAGGAUCUUCAAGAAGCAGUGA